AUGUCAUCCGACCGCCUAUUCCGCUUUCCCAAGCCAGCAUGGCUCAACAGCGCCAACACUAGAACUGCAGGCGUCUACAUUGCGGGCGCACUGUUCUCCCUCGGCUUCUUCUUCUUCAUCGACGCCAGCGUCUUCUCCAAAUCCCGCUACAACGGCUCGGACGUCCACAUCACCUUCGUGGACUGGAUCCCCUUCAUCUGCUCCGCGCUGGGCAUGCUGGUGAUCAACAGCAUCGAGAAAUCCCGCCUCUCCGCCGACAGCUUCUCGUAUAGUGGGAAUGGAGUUGCCUGGAAGGCCCGCACCGUGCUGUUCCUCGGCUUUGCGCUCAUGGCCGGUGGCCUCGCCGGCAGUGCCACCGUCAUGGCGUUGAAAUACCUGUUCAAGGAUUACGCCGUGCAGACCGUCUACAUGGGCGUCGCGAAUGUGCUGGCUAACGGUUUGGUUAUGCUCAGCAGUGUCGUGCUGUGGGUCAGCCAGAAUAUGGAGGACGAUUAUACCUAUAACUUGCAGCUGUAA